UUACGACAUAUGCCAAAAACUAAUUAUGGAGGUGGUGGAACCAAAGUUUACAAAAAUUGUUGAUGGGUUGAAGGGAUCUGAAGGCCCUGUAUUUGAUAAGGAUUGUAACUUUUACAUGGUUGCUCCUGAAGUAACAAAAAAUGACAGUUUUGCAGGCCAGGUUUUGAGCAUCGAUGUUGAAAACAACAAGGUAUGGACAGUCUUCUGUGCUGUGCGAGCCUGCAGUGGGUGGAUUUGGGGGAGUUCCAGCCGGAUGUCAGUGUGACAAGAACAACAUGCUGUGGAUCGCGGACAUGAGACUCGGGCUCAUCACCGUGGAAAAACAGGGAACGUUCACUCAGGUAUGUCAGGAGGAUGAUGCAGGGCAAACAAUGCAGGGCUGCAAUGAUUGUGCUUUUGACUACGAUGGAAAUCUCUGGAUUACGGCCCCUGCAGGGAAAAUUGCACCUCAUCCAUAUGAGAGGUCAAUGGAGGAGCCAUUUGGGUCUGUGUACUGCUACACUAACCAGAAGAAGAUGGUUCGGAUUGACACAGGUCUCAGAUUUCCCAAUGGGAUCGCAGUGUUACACUCCCCUGACGGCAGACCUAGGACCCUUAUUGUGGCGGAGACUCCCACAAAAUCCCUCUGGUCCUACGAAAUCGAAGGCCCGGGAAAAGUCAGAGAUAGGAAACUUUGGGGAAAGUUGCCAGGUGACCUUGAGGGAGGUCCUGAUGGUAUGGACUUUGAUGAGGACAACAACCUGUUGGUAGCUCACUGGGGGUCAGGGUUCCUGGAGGUGUUUGGGUCGGAGGGUGGGAGCCCCCACACCAGGAUCAAGUUGCCCUUUGCCAAAGUCAGUAACCUCCACUUCAAGAAGGGGACGAAGGAAGUGUACGUCACGGAGCAUGACGGCCACGGACUGUGGCGGUUUGAGUGGCAGCGACCUGGAAAACUUCAGUACUGUGACAAUUUGUGAGUGUGAACGGACAGUCACACAGAAGUGUCCAUCGUCAAACUGUCAAUGACUGUUCAUAGGGUCAGAAUUAGUCUGUGAUUUGGUUAGGUUAUAUUUGAAUGUGCAAUAUCUUGCACAUACCAGUACAUGUACUUACUAUUAAGUAGUCUUCAAUUAAAGCUGUUUUGUGAUUCAGAGAGAUAAAGUAAAUGCUGGUUGUAUGCUAUUAUUAUGGAUUAUCUGUUUUAAGAAUGUAUUCCUAUUGUGACAUUAUAAGGUCAAAGGUGAAAAAAAAGAUGUAUUUGCUUCUCAGGGCAUUCUAGUCAGCUUUCAUAUUGUCUUGUUUCCAUGACAUUAACCCUCUUUCAGUUGAAUAUCAUUUCAGGAAAAUCAAAAUGUGCCUUAAAUGUACAAUGUUGUCUUAAUAUAGUUAAAUUAAUCAGUGCAGAGAAUUAUACAAACAUAAGUAAUAAGGAAUCAUUCUUUGAAUAUAAUGAGGUGAACAAAUAUGGCGUGAUCAAAUUUAUCAUAAUGCCCCAACCAUAUUUGAUCACCUUAUAAUACUCGAAGAAUGAUUCCUUAUUCCUUAAAUUAGCCAUAUGAUCUUGUUUUAAUGUACAUGUACAUGCAAAUCUAAACUUUUAAAAGAUAUUUUUGAAUGAAAAACUUUUUUUUAAUGAUAAGCUAUGAUAAUUUUUACCUCCAAUGCUUUCUAUGCUAUAGUCCUUUUUGAUGGUGCUUUAUCAAGUUAUGAUUGUUGAUAAUUGUUUUAUGAUUUAUUGUGGAAUCAUCACUGUUUGGGAGGACCAAUGUUCUGGGCUUACGUGGAUAACCCUUGCCCACGAAUUUAUAUUCCCACAUGCAAGCAUUUGUGUAGUAUUCAUUAAAAUUGCCUUGAUAACACUAUCAACGAAAUUAAGUCCCAACAAACCAGGAAAAUUUACCUACGAACGAACAUUGGCCCCAACAAAUGAAAAUGAUUCCACAGUAUUUUUACAUAUAUAAGUAUAUUUAAACAGAAUAUAUAUUGAUGGUUGAAUCAUUUAUUUUAAUAAUACAUAUAUAUUCUUAUUUAUAUAUUUUUAAUUAAAGAAAUAUAUAAGAAACCGUUA